UCUUUGUCGUCAUUUUUAUAGCAGUUUUUUUUUUCUUUUUUAUAAAUGAUACGAAAAAAAAGUAAUCCUAUCUAUUAGUGGUAUUAUUUACUUGCGUUAUUUUUUACGGUUAAAAAGAGAAAUCUACUUUCGAAGGAAAAAAUUUCUGUAUUCAGGAUCGUUUCUCGAGUAAAUAUUUCUUGAAAUUUUUACGGACAUUAAAUAAAUACGUAACUAAAUAUAAAUAAAUAAUAAGCAAGUGUGGAGAAACUUGGAUAUCGGCUUACGUUACCAGGUUUAGUUUUUUUUCUUUUCUUUUUUUGUUUCCUACGUUUAGUUAAAAGAGAAAAUAGAUAGUAACGAAGAGACACACUGAUGACACUUUAAUCUCACAAUAUGAUUUCUCUUUUCUCAAAUACGAUUCAAUACGUUUUUUUUUUCUCGUCUUGCACGUUCACGUGCACAUUUUGUAAAGAAAAUUGCGGCAUGACACAUCGUCGACUUUCACGAUUACCGGAGUCGUUGACAUCGUUAUAUACCAUGCCGUCUUCGUUGACUAUUAUUUCUUAUGAUGUAUAAUCUAACGAAAAAAAAAGAAAAAAAAAAAAAAAGAAAAAAAAUUUCCAUACAAAUUGCAUCGUUAUCAUAUCGGUCAUUAUUUUAUAAUGAUUCUCCUUCGAGAUGAUUUGUAUUCUUUGAUGUGGAGUAAAAAUCGAAAAAAAAAAGAAAGAAAGAAAGAAAGAAAGAAGAACAACAUAAAUUUACGACAUAACUAUAGAAUAAUAAUAACAAUAUAAAAAAAAAAACCGAUAACAACAUAAUAACAAAACAACAUAAACGUGACGUCGUUUCGUAGGAAAAAAAGGAUAAAGGAAAAAUAUUGUUUUUCAAAUUUGUCGAAUUUAUAUUAAAUUUUCAAUCUAUUUUAUAUUACUCGAUCUUUCUCUAUGACUUGAGACGAGUGCACGUGUACGCGUUUGUCCUGUUCGUUGUUAGAAAACGGUAGUCGUAAAUAUUACCAUGGUAUUCCUUUAACGAACGACAAGAGACCGUGAAUUAUACUUUGGACACGAGGUCGCACUCGUUUCAAACGUAUAAACUGCAUCUAAAUUCUAAAAGCAGUUCAACCUGACACUUCCUUUUAAUCUUCUUAUUCUUUAAGAAUUACGAAUAAACGAGUUAGAUAAAAGUAAUAGUAUAGAAGAUACGAUUUUCUUUUUUAUUAUUUACGAUUCGGAAUUUUAGAUAAUUUUUGUCGUUUUUUUUAUCUUUUUUUUUUCUUCUUCUUUUUUUUUUUUUUAUUAUUACUGGAAAAGUGUCAGUUGUGUAUUAACGUUCAGAAAAAAAAAGAAGAAGAAGAAGCAUAAUCUACAAAAAAAUUAUUUUCGUUUUCUAUCAUUAACGCGUUUUUAGAAAGAAAGAGAGAGAGAGAGAGAGAGAGAAAAAAAAAGGGAAGAAAAAAGAAAAUUAUUUAAAUCGUUUCGAGGAAAGAAAAAUGCCUUAACUCCUGUUAAUUCGAUCAAUCAAUACUUUCUACAUUCUUAGCCAUUGAUUUUCACCCAAGGGUAAUAGAUUUUAAGGCGUUUACUGGUCAGUCCAACUCAAUGUGUUCUAAUUUACAACAUUUCUUUUUUCCUCUCUCUCUCUCUCUCUCUCUCUCCUUCUCUCUGAAAUUUUCGUCAGACCUAAUCUAAUACGAAUAAAUUGUUACGUUGAUGUAAAAAAGAAAAAAAUAAUCGGAGAUAUGUUAGCUCGUGUAGUAAGUAAGUAAGUAAGUAAGAUGACGUAAAAAUCGCCAGUGCAAAACGAAACGCCACAUAUGUUCCAGCAUGAUUAAGAGAGCGUAAAGAAGGUGCGAUAUAUAUAUAUAUAUAUAUAUAUAUAUAUAUAUAUAUACCCAUAGUACUUCAUAAUAUCAUAAGAGAAAAAAAAGGAAGACAUUAUAAACUUUAGUUCGGCCAGACGUAACGAAAAAAAAAAGGAAAAAGAGAAAAAAGAAAAAGGAAGAAGAGAGACAGAGAGAGAGAGAGAGAGAGAGAGAGAGAGAGAGAGAGAGAGAGAAAAGGAAAGAAAAAAAGAGAACACCACGAAAGAGGAAUCCUGUGUGAAAUUAUUUAGUACGAUAGUAAUGGUAGUACAUCGACUUUAUGUAUGUAUGUGAGAGUAAAAAAACGUCAGCAUCUAUGAAGGACACGUGGGAUCAGCUAAGAUGAGACGCUUCGACGAUGUCCGUGGUACCCGUAAAAUCGGAGCGUCGCCUCCAUUUCGUGUUCUCACGACACGAGAUUCUUCCUAUCUCGGCACGUCGUCGUCGUCAUCGUCGAUCAUACCCCAACCAAGAUCGACAACGUCACCAAAAAUACAGUUACCACCAGCUCAACCUCCAACACCGCCACCACCAACCGCACCGGAUCCUUAUAAAUUGGUGCCAGCUGGUACAGCCCUUGGUAGGGCCCAUCGUCGUUCCAGUUUCGUGAUAAUCGCUGAAAGUAGACCAGCCACUCCGGAAUCAAGAAGUGUCUCGCCUACUCAACCACUAGGAAGGGUUUCGCCAUUUCGAGGUCGUGGUUUCAAGGGUCCACCACCUAGAUCAAGACCAGACUCACCGGAUGAUUAUCUUGAUCUAAGAAAGAGCCAUCAAAGAAACGUUCGAAAUGAUUCGAGAGUAUCCCAACAGAGCAGUCCGAGGAAGAGUUUGAUACCUCAACCGACCCGACGGCGAUCAGUUUCUCUUAGCAAAACAACGGAUGAUAGAGUAUCACCAAACAUUGGACGUCGUGGUGAUAAGAAAAAUUGGCUGAGCGUUCAUGGUAGUAUCGAUAAUGUCAAUGACGGCCGUAGAAAUAAUCUUUUAAACGAUUCAUCAAAAUUGAGACGCGAUCGAGGGAUAAUUAGAACACCGUCGAAACUUUCACCAAUUCGUGGUACACCAACGAGAGUUGACAAAUCAAAUAUACGUACAGUAACAACGAGAGAUUCUAAAAAUGUUAAAAAUCUUCAACGGAAUACAACGACGACGGUUAAUUCCGUUUCACGUUUUAUAUCGCCACCGAAGAACAUUCAAAAAAGGGAAAGAUUUAUAACGACCGAUGAUAACGUGACGCCCAUCAAAACAUCAAGAAUACCUUUGAAAAACAAUGGAUCAAAAGGUUCGUCAAAUAUCAGCAUGUCCGAGAUGUCGAGAAACAAGGAAAUCAAUGAUAACGAGAAAAUCGAUCAAAUGGAAGAUACGAUUAAAGUGAACAACAAUGAAUCAACGAGAAAUGAUAAUGUGAAGGAUCAAAUUGGUUUAACGGAUCUUUUGAAAAGGACAUCCGGUGUAACUGGUACGUCAAGUGUCGUUAAUACGACAACGACUACAGCGGUCCAACCAUUACGUAUCGAUAAUUCAAGAAUUCCAAUAGAUACGACGAAAGUCGAAGGACAAUUCAUUGACGUAACAAGAAAAUCCGAAUCGUCAUAUUUAAAAAACGAUGAUACGAAUGGUAAUAAAUCGAGAUUGUUAAAUGGUCAAAAUCAUGAUGAUAAAAAUAAUACCCGAAAAAAAAAUACACCAUCGACUUAUGGUACACCAACAAGAGCUAACAACGAACAACGUUAUUCGACGACUAACAAGGAUGGUGCUAGUGAUUCAUCGGGUGGUAGUAAUUCGAACAAUGCCAUUAAAUCUCGUUUAAAUAGCGCACGAACUAAUAGAGUUUACAAUCGUACAACCAGCCGUGAACGUUUCGACGUUUCAAAGGAAAACGAUUCCGUUAAUUCGAAGACAAGUUCCAAUGCGAGAAAUUCAAAGAAUUCAAAGUCGAACAAACGAUCGAAUUUCAUCGAUGAAAUAUCACCAGUUUCAAAUAAUUCCAUUUUAGAAAAUGAUAGGAAAGAAAUAGAGAUCGUCAAAAUAAUUACAGAUACGAAUAAAAAUGUUAACGAUGGAAAAUCAAUAACGAGUAACGAAGUUAUCGUCAUUAAUACGAUCGGUGGUGGUACGAUUAAUAAUAAAACGAUGACAGAUGAUAACACGUCUUCGUCUAAAUCUAACAAGAUUAUUGGAAAUAGAGUAAUAACUGAGGCAACCGUUGAAACUGAAACAUUGAGGCAAAACGUUAUUGAUCAAGGAGAAAAUGUUUUCGUUUCGUCGAACGAAACGGAGAGAAUAUCUGGGACAAUGUCAUCAUUGAAAACAAACGUUAAAGGGAAUGAGAUAAUAACUAAUACGACGACGACAACAACAACGACAACUACGACUGUUACGUCUAUGUCACGAACUAAUGGUAUUUCUGUUAAUUCCAUUAGUGAUUCCGGAACGAUCGGUAAUGUUCCUUUAAAAACUGUUCAUACACGUAAUAUUCAGAAUCAUGGGAAUGGAAAUACACCGAAAAGGUCAUUGACCCAACUUUCUACUGGAUCUAAUGAUAGUGAACGAUCCACUGAUACUGGGGUCAGUGUUGAUACCGUCAAAGGAGUUUCCUCGCCAAGAGUGAAAAGCGGAAUGCAUGUGGUCAAACGACCGGAUGAGAUCGAGACAUUGAGCGGAAACGUGAUGAGACCAGAACAAAAUGGCGAUCCAACGGCGUUGCAGACAGCAGGUGAGCUCAACUCGGAGGAAGAUAGGCCAAGUGCCGACAAGCCCCUUAGUCGAUGGAAAAGGACCUUGGGCCGUUAUUACGAACGUUUUCCAAGUAUGAGAUGUUUAGCAUGUCGACGUAAUUCUAAGAUCCUUUCGUGGUCCAGAAAGAGGGAAACAACUACUAUGGGAAACGAACCAAUGGAAACGAGACAUGACAUUGCCGAUGAUAUACCAGUCGAUUGUUGGUCCAAAUUCAAGAAAAGAUGCAGAUGUCAACGUCCAAAGGGAAUUAGAUGCUGCGCAAGAAGGGACAGAGUCGCACCGGACGAGCCCAAUAUUUGUUUUCCACCGGAGAGAAGAUUAUCCGCCCUUUGCCAACGGCUUUUUGCCAGUUGCAAAUGUAAAUGUGCGGACGUACAACGCACAAGGGAUAUACGUGCCAAGCCCAGUCUGACUAGUGUCGCGCCCCCUCCACUUUCCGAGGAGCCAAAGGCUAAAAUACCUGACGUUUUGGUGGAGCACAACUCUUUGAUGCGAGGUGCCAUUCCUUGUAUGCCAGUUCCAUUAGCUUGGUUUUGUCUCGUAUUUAACGUCUUGCUACCUGGUACAGGGACAGUUUGGAGCGGACUAUUCAAUCUUUGCACAGGACAGCCAAGAUUUUCGGCAGUGGCCGGUUUAAAGGCAAGAUUUGGUGCAUUUGUCGUUAAUCUUAUAGUAGGCGUCAGCCAAUUAUUCACAGUACUAUUUUGUCUCGUUGGAUGGGGCUGGAGCGUUUGGUGGGGUGUAACGAUGGUUCGUUUGGCAAGAAAGUACAAAAGAUAUAAAGCUUCGGAAGCUGCAAAUGGUGAUCCAGAGGCAAGAACAGGAGAAGGAUCUGGCAUACCACCUGGAUUACCCAGUCAAUCAUUGAGAGGAAUCGAAAGAGCACGUUGAACUAUCGAUUUAAUUAUAUUUCCUUGGCUUCACAUCUUCCGAUCGAACGUAAACGUUCGUUCUUUGACGAUCGAAAAUGAUCGAUUAAAUGGUAUAUAGUUAUUCUUUUUAUGAUCGUUUUUUUUCUCUUUUUUUUUUUUUUUUUUCGUUUCCUUUCUUCACAAUCACGACUUGGGGAUAAGGACGAUAUGGGAAUUAUCGUCCGAUAUUGUUGUACUCUUUCGAAAAAGGAAGAGAUAAUUUUGAGAUUUGCAAGAAAAAAAAAAAAAAAAAGAAAAUAGAUCGAGUUGUACGAUCGAUUUGAUAUAAUCGACACGUGUGACUUUUAAUAAUUCGUCGAGAUCAUUUAUCAUUGGGAUUGAGACGAACGAAAAUUUUUCUCUUUUUUUUUCUUUUUUUUUUUUUUUUUAGAAUUAUCGACAUCAACGAAAGAUAGAAAAGAAAUCUCUUGGCGAUAUCGUUUGAGAAAUGAAUGGUUUCGUUUCAGAGAUAAAGAACAAAAAAAAAUAUAUAUAUAUAUAUAUAAACAAACAAGCAAAAUAAACAAACAAGAUAAGAAAGAAAAUAAUUGUUUGGACGUUGUCGCGUUGUACGGAUGAUAAUGGAGUUAUCAAAAAAUUGUAUUCUAAUUUUAAAAGCUGUAAUGGCGCAAUACGGUAAAGUGCCAAAUUUACAGCUCAAAAAAGAGAUUCAAAAGAUUGAAUCUCGCUCAUCUCUCUUUUUCUUUUUCUUUUUCUUUUUUUUUUUUUUUGGACAUCAUCCAGAAUUUUUUUUCUACACACGACGCGUCUUUAAGGACGAAGAGAAACUUUUUUGAUUUUAUUUUUAAUUUUGCUUUCCUUUUUCUUUUUUUUUUUUUCUUUUUUUGUUUUUUUCUUUUUAAACAUUUAUCUCACAAAAGAGACACCGUCAACGUCAUUUUUUAUCCAAAGGAGAACGAUACUUUGUACGUGCUCGAAAUUAUUUUACGAGAUUAAUUAAUUAAUUAAUCGAAAAAUCCGAGAAUUAUAUUUUAUUUAAUCCUUUCUUUUUGUCGGGCUAUAGUUCUUUUUCUUUCUUUUUUUUUUUUUUUUUACUUCUUUUAUUUACUUACUCUUGAUUUGAUUUGAUUUGAUUUAAUUUUAUUUCUUUCGCUCCACCCGCUUUCCCCCGUUUUUAAUUGGACAAACGAGAAGAAGAAGUAGAAAGUUUUUGAAAAAGAUACGCGAAAGCUUGUAAAGCUUGUACGUCAUGACGUUUUAAAAGAGCUUAUCACUUUUACAAAGCUCUUACGUGUUAGAUUAUUACUCUAAUCACGUUAUAAAAACAAACGUCAAUUUAUAUUUUUACAUGCUGAUAGCACUAAACGAGGUGCAAUAUCUACGUUUGUGUGUACGUGCGUUCGUACGCGUGUCUGUCUGUCUGUGUAUGUAUCUGUGUGUGUGUAUAUGUGUGUGUGUGUGUGUGUGUGUGUGUGUACGCAUAACCGUGUCCACGCGCGCGGACAUCUCGACAACUAUUACUAUUACUAUUACUAUUACUACUAUUAUUAUUACUACUAUUAUUAUUAUUACUAUUACUAAUCUACUUUUCUUGUAAAUAUGAAAAUAUAUUACUUACGCUAC